CGGGGGGGCGGGCCGGGGCCGAUCGGGAGGCGGAGCCCGGAGCUGGGGGCUGCUGGCGAGCGGCUCCCACGGCUCCUCCGCCCGGGCGCCCGCCGCCGCCGCCGCCGCCGCCGCUUCCUCCGCCGCGGCCGCUCGCAGCACCGCAGCGCCUCCCGCCAUGGCCGCCGCCGGCGCCCGGCGCAGCCCCGGCCCCGGCCCCGGCCCCGGCCCCGGGCUCGGCGCGCGGCUGCGGCUCCGCUUCCAGCCGCCGCCGCCGCUGCUGUGCCUGCUCCUGCUGCCGCCGCUGCUGCUGCCCGGCGCCGCCGCCGCCGCCGCCGCCUCGCGGGAGCCCGACAGCCCGUGCCGGCUCAAGACCGUCACCGUGUCCACGCUGCCCGCGCUGCGGGAGAGCGACAUCGGCUGGAGCGGUGGCCGCGCCGGGGCCGCCCCGGGGACCGGAGCCGCCGCCGCCGCCGCCGCUGCUGCUGCCGCCGCCGCCGCCGCCGCCGCCGCCGCGUCCCCGGGCUCGGCCGGCUCCUCCGCGGGCUCCGCCGCCGACUCGCGCCUGCUGCUCUUUGUGCGCAACGAGCUGCCCGGGCGCAUCGCGGUGCAGGAUGACCUGGACAACACCGAGCUGCCCUUCUUCACCCUGGAGAUGUCAGGAACAGCCGCGGACAUCUCGCUGGUGCACUGGAGACAGCAGUGGCUUGAGAAUGGCACCUUGUACUUCCACGUCUCCAUGAGCAGCUCUGGGCAGCUGGCUCGGUCCACCACCCCCACACUCCAGGAGCCCUCAGAGAUUGUGGAAGAGCAGAUGCACAUCCUCCACAUAUCCGUGAUGGGCGGCCUCAUCGCGCUGCUGCUCCUGCUGCUGGUGUUCACCGUGGCACUGUAUGCCCAGCGGCGCUGGCAGAAGCGGCGCCGCAUCCCCCAGAAGAGUGCCAGUACGGAAGCCACUCACGAGAUCCACUACAUCCCAUCCGUACUGCUGGGUCCCCAGGCCCGAGAAAGCUUCCGCUCCUCCAGGCUGCAGGCCCACAAUUCCGUCAUUGGGGUACCCAUCCGGGAGACCCCCAUCCUGGAUGACUACGACUACGAAGAGGAUGAUGAGCCUCCUCGGCGGGCCAACCACGUCUCUCGCGAGGACGAUUUUGGAAGUCAGGUGACCCACACGCUGGACAGCCUGGGCCGACCAGGGGAAGAGAAGGGAGACUUCGAGAAGAAAGCAGCAGCUGAGGCGACGCAGGAGACAGUGGAGUCCCUGAUGCAGAAAUUCAAGGAGAGUUUCCGAGCUAACACACCCAUCGAGAUUGGUCAGCUGCACUCAGCGCCUCGCAGCAUCUCGGCAGGGAAGCGGAAGCGGAGGAGCAAGUCUCGAGGGGGGAUCAGCUUUGGGAGGAGCAAGGGAACGUCAGGCUCAGAGGCAGAUGAUGAGACGCAGCUCACCUUCUAUACGGAGCAGUACCGCAGCCGCCGCCGCAGCAAAGGUUUGUUGAAAAGCCCAGUGAACAAGACAGCCCUGACACUGAUUGCUGUGAGUUCCUGCAUCCUGGCCAUGGUAUGUGGCAGCCAGAUGUCCUGUCCGCUCACUGUGAAGGUGACCCUGCAUGUGCCUGAACACUUCAUUGCAGAUGGGAGCAGCUUCGUGGUGAGUGAAGGGAGUUACCUGGACAUUUCUGAUUGGUUAAAUCCAGCCAAGCUGUCUCUGUAUUACCAGAUCAAUGCCACCUCCCCAUGGGUGAGGGACCUUUGCGGACAGAGGACGACAGAUGCCUGUGAACAGCUCUGUGACCCAGAUACCGGAGAGUGCAGCUGCCACGAAGGCUACGCUCCGGACCCAGUCCACAGACACCUGUGUGUGCGCAGUGACUGGGGACAGAGUGAAGGACCUUGGCCUUACACAACACUUGAGAGGGGCUAUGAUCUGGUGACUGGGGAGCAGGCCCCUGAAAAGAUUCUCAGGUCUACUUUCAGCUUGGGCCAAGGACUCUGGCUUCCGGUCAGCAAAAGCUUUGUGGUUCCACCUGUGGAGCUGUCCAUCAACCCCCUGGCUAGCUGCAAGACUGAUGUCCUCGUCACAGAAGACCCUGCUGAUGUCAGGGAAGAAGCAAUGCUGUCCACAUACUUUGAAACCAUCAACGAUCUGCUGUCCUCCUUCGGGCCAGUCCGUGACUGCUCUCGUAACAAUGGGGGCUGCACUCGAAACUUCAAGUGUGUGUCUGACCGCCAGGUGGACUCCUCAGGAUGUGUGUGCCCCGAGGAGCUGCGGCCCAUGAAGGACGGCUCUGGCUGCUACGACCACUCCAAGGGCAUCGACUGCUCGGAUGGCUUCAAUGGCGGCUGUGAGCAGCUGUGCCUGCAGCAGACGCUUCCCCUGCCCUACGAUGCCACUUCUAGCACCAUCUUCAUGUUCUGCGGUUGUGUGGAGGAGUACAAACUGGCUCCUGAUGGAAAAUCCUGCCUAAUGCUCUCAGAUGUCUGCGAGGGCCCCAAGUGCCUCAAAUCCGACUCCAAAUUCAAUGACACACUUUUUGGAGAGAUGCUGCAUGGUUACAAUAAUCGGACCCAGCAUGUGAACCAGGGCCAAGUUUUCCAGAUGACCUUCAGGGAAAACAACUUCAUCAAGGACUUUCCUCAGCUGGCCGACGGGCUGUUGGUGAUCCCACUGCCGGUGGAGGAGCAGUGCCGCGGGGUCCUCUCGGAGCCCCUCCCAGACCUCCAGCUGCUCACGGGAGACAUCAGGUAUGACGAGGCCAUGGGCUACCCCAUGGUGCAGCAGUGGCGGGUCCGAAGCAACCUGUACCGCGUGAAGCUCAGCACCAUCACCCUGUCUGCAGGCUUCACCAACGUGCUCAAGAUCCUGACCAAGGCGAGCAGCCGGGAGGAGCUGCUGUCCUUCAUCCAGCACUACGGCUCCCACUACAUCGCAGAGGCGCUCUACGGCUCCGAGCUCACCUGCAUCAUCCACUUCCCCAGCAAGAAGGUCCAGCAGCAGCUGUGGCUCCAGUACCAGAAAGAGACCACUGAGUUGGGCAGCAAGAAAGAACUCAAGUCAAUGCCCUUCAUCACCUACCUCUCAGGUCUGCUGACAGCCCAGAUGCUGUCAGAUGACCAGCUCAUCUCAGGUGUAGAGAUCCGCUGCGAGGAGAAAGGCCGCUGCCCAUCCACCUGCCAUCUCUGCCGCCGGCCAGGCAAGGAACAGCUGAGCCCCACACCAGUGCUGCUGGAAAUCAACCGUGUGGUGCCACUUUAUACCCUCAUCCAAGACAACGGCACCAAGGAGGCCUUCAAGAGCGCGCUGAUGAGCUCCUACUGGUGCUCAGGGAAAGGGGACGUGAUCGACGACUGGUGCAGGUGUGACCUCAGCGCCUUUGAUGCCAGCGGGCUCCCUAACUGCAGCCCCCUCCCACAGCCGGUGCUGCGGCUGUCCCCAACAGUGGAGCCCUCCAGCACUGUGGUGUCCUUGGAGUGGGUGGAUGUUCAACCAGCUAUCGGGACCAAAGUCUCCGACUAUAUUCUACAGCACAAGAAGGUGGAUGAAUACACUGACACAGACCUCUAUACGGGAGAAUUCCUGAGUUUUGCGGAUGACUUGCUCUCUGGCCUGGGUACAUCUUGUGUGGCAGCGGGUCGAAGCCAUGGAGAGGCUCCUGAAGUCAGUAUCUACUCCGUCAUCUUCAAGUGUCUGGAGCCCGACGGUCUCUACAAGUUUACUCUGUAUGCUGUGGAUACACGAGGGAGGCACUCGGAGCUCAGUACGGUGACCUUAAGGACAGCUUGUCCACUGGUGGAUGACAAUAAAGCAGAAGAGAUUGCUGACAAGAUCUACAAUCUGUACAAUGGGUACACAAGUGGAAAGGAACAGCAGACUGCCUACAACACACUGAUGGAGGUCUCUGCCUCCAUGCUGUUCCGUGUCCAGCACCACUACAACUCACACUAUGAGAAGUUUGGAGAUUUUGUCUGGAGGAGUGAAGAUGAGCUGGGGCCCAGGAAGGCCCACCUGAUUCUACGGCGGCUGGAGAGGGUGAGUGGACACUGUUCCAGUCUCCUGCGAAGCGCCCACAUCCAGAGCCGGGUGGACACCGUGCCCUACCUGUUCUGUCGCAGCGAGGAGGUGCGGCCAGCGGGCAUGGUGUGGUACAGCAUCCUCAAGGACACCCGAAUCACCUGCGAGGAGAAGAUGGUGUCCAUGGCCCGGAACACGUACGGGGAGUCCAAGGGCCGGUGAGGGAAGGUACCACCCUCCGAGAGCACAGAGACCCUCCAAGGGAGGGAGUGCAGGACGCUCGCAGACCCUGGGGCCUGGGUGGGCUGGGGGGCAGCUGAGGAGGGGCCAGCCGCCAAGGCCCACCAGCAAGGCCAAAGCAAACACUUUCUCUUGUGGAUAGCCAACAGAGAACUUUGUAAUCACUGGAUUACUUUCUUUCUCCCUCUUAUCUCUUUUAUUAUAUUUUUUUUCCUUCUAAGCUAUUAUUUGACUCUUUCAAAGCCUCUCCUUUUUAAACUUUUUUCUCAUGGAUGGUGAGCAAUCCCAAGGCAGGAGACCAAGCGGCCUUUCCUCUUAAUCCUUCCUCCUGCCGUGCACAGCUUCUUUCCUACCCUGGAGCCCCGGUGGGGAACUGAUGGAGACUCUCUCACCUCUUGGACAUCAGGAAGGAGCACCCCCUCCCCCAAGCAUCACUCCCCCCCAAGGAAUGUUGCAGCGAGGAAGCUUGGGUCUUUAGGACUUUUUGUUUUUCUUUCCCAAGAUCCUGUUGAGUUCACAGGACCCCUGCCUCUUCCUGCUACCUGUCGGUCUACACAGAGACCUGGCAGGAAUUUCAUGCAUUAAAAAAUUCCUAUCGUCUCUCUA